AAUCAAAAUCGAGAACCCGUAAUUUGGGGUUUUGGAUACGAUUUGUAGAAAGGGGUGAGAUAUUCAGGUCGCGUAGUUGAUGCAGAGUUUCAAUGGCGACUUACUUGAUACCAAAUGCUCUGCCCAAGCUCUCUCCCAUGGCUCUAUCUGUCGCCACCUCUGUUUCUUCUCCCUCAUUCGCUCCAAUGGCAUCGGAGCAGCGCAAAGCGGUUUCCAAGAAACUCUCUGCCAAAGCUACGAAAACUCUCUCUCCAAAUCCACCGCUAACGGUCUCCAGCUCUGGCACUAUAGCUACCAAUGCAUCUCCGUCCAAGCCUCUCAAGAAGGUUCUGGUUCCUAUCGGUUUUGGAACUGAGGAGAUGGAAGCUGUUAUUAUAGUUGAUGUUUUGCGUCAAGCUGGAGCCGCCGUGACUGUGGCGUCGGUGGAACCAGAGCUUGAAAUCGAAGCUUCUGGGGGUAUGAAAUUGGUCGCUGAUACCUUAAUCAAUUCAUGCUCCAAUGAAGUUUUCGACCUCGUUGCUUUGCCUGGAGGGAUGCCUGGCUCUGUGAGAUUAAGGGAUUGCGAAAUACUGCGGAAAAUUACCAGCAGACAAGCUGAGGAGAAGAGGCUGUAUGGAGCUAUAUGUGCUGCUCCAGCAGUCACCCUUCUGCCAUGGGGUCUUGUAAGAAGAAAACAGACUACUUGUCACCCUGCAUUCACUGACAAGCUCCCAACAUUCUGGGCUGUUAAAUCAAAUAUUCAAGUAUCAGGAGAGCUUACGACAAGCCGUGGUCCAGGAACUACUUUCGGAUUUGCCUUAGCUUUAGUUGAGCAGCUGCAUGGAGAAUCCGUUGCUAAGGAGGUUGGAGAAUUAUUGCUGAUGGAUUCUGAGAAUGAUUGCCAACGGAAGGAAGAGUUCAACAAAGUUGACUGGUCCGUUGAUCAUACUCCUCGUGUUCUUAUACCAAUUGCAAAUGGCUCUCAAGGGAUCGAACUGGUAACCAUUGCUGAUAUUUUGAGGCGAGCUAAGGUGGAUGUCGUGAUUGCUUCAGUUGAAAAGUCCCUUCAGAUUUUGGCAUCAACAGGAACAAAAGUUGUUGCUGACAAGUUGAUUAAAGAAGCUGCAGAAUCAAUAUAUGAUAUAAUUAUUCUACCGGGAGGAGCCGCGGCAGAUGAGCGACUUUCCAAAUCCAGGAUCCUCAAGAAGAUGCUCAAAGAACAGGAUUCUGCCAAAAGGAUAUAUGGUGCAGUCUGCUCUUCACCUGCAGUUCUGUUUAAACAGGGUCUACUGAAGGACAAGAGAGCAACUGCUUAUCCAUCUCUGGAAACUGAGUCAGCGGAUGAAGUAAAUGCUGCAAAAGUAAUUAUUGAUGGUAGACUGAUAACGAGCAAGGGAUUUUACAAUGUAAUAGAUUUCACAUUGGCUAUUGUAAGCAAGUUUUUUGGUCAUGCGAGAGCAAGAAGUGUAGCAGAAGGUUUGGUUUUCGAGUAUCCCAGAGCUGGAUGACGUCCCAAAGGAAAGCGAUUUUCAAGUAACAAAAAGUGCUCGUACAGUUGCACAACCUCUCCUUCCAAGAAACGACCAAGGAGCACAUAAAAUCAUCCAUUGUCUGGUAGAUUAAGCCUUAAAAACAUGGUCAGUGGUCACUGAAAUUGCCAGCUGCAGCCAACUCCGUGCAUCGUGCAGGUUCAUAACGUGUUGGCUGAGAGACACUAUAAACUUCAAUUCUUCAAGAGAUGAGUAUGUUAAGUAAGCCUUUUGCAGAUACUCUUAACAACUGGAGGAACUUUUGGAUUGGAGCUGCUUCACACAGAUGUUUUGUCCAGACAGACAAGGCCCCAUCUCUCUAUGUGAACCGUGACAAAAAUUUCAUUAUGAAAGCAUGAGCACAAAAUGAAGUUUCUCUGAAAUUUUAUCCUGUAUUAUUACUGUUUUGUGCAGGUGGAUUAUAAUUUCUCACUGCACUUAUUUUUAAGCCUCAGCAUACUAUUUUUGUUGCUUUUGAAGCUGUAUCUGCACAUUAUUUUAGUAAUCUAUACAGGGUUUUCCCA